AUGCACUGCAAGCUGACCCCCAAAACCCGACACACCGCACGCCUGAGCGACGCCGCUCACAGCCCGAUGGAUGCACCACCCACAGACCUACGCACCACAGGCCUGACUCCCUCCGCCCGCAUCCUGGCGCGCCUCCCGCCUGACCUACGCUGCCUGCAGUCGGACCACCUCCCGCCUGACCCCCGCCUGACCUCUGCCGUAGGACGCACCAGCACGCCUGACCCCCGCCGCCCGAUGCACCUCUCGCCUGACCCCGCUGCUCACAACCUGACCCACCGCACGUCGAUCCCGCCGCCCCCAUCCCGCCCAACGCACUGCCUGACCCCAGAUGCCCGCAGCCCUGUGAACUUCCCACCUGACCCCCGCCGCAGGACGCACCGCACGCCUGACCCCGCCGCCCGAUGCACCACUCGCCUGACCUCGCCAACCAUAACCCCACGCACUGCACGCCUGACCCCCGCCACUAGCAUCCUGACGCACCUCCCGCCUGACCCACGCCGCCUGCAGCCCAACCACCUCCCGCCUGACCCCCGCUGCACCGCUCGCCUGACCGCGUCGCCCACAACACGACGCACCGCACGCCUGACCCCCGCCGCCGGAAACACUGCACGCCUGACCCCUGCCGCGCACAUCCUUAAGUACCUCCCGCCUGACCCCCGCCGCCUGCAGCCCGACCACCUCCCGCCUGACCCCCGCCGCCAGAAGCACCGCAUUCCUGACCUAGCCAGCCGAUUCACCGCUCGCCUGACCCUGCCGCCCACAACCCGACACACCGCACGCCUGAUCCCCGCUGCCCGCAGCACCUCCAGCCUGACCCCCCGCCGCCCACAACCCGAUGCACCUCACGCCCGACCUCGCCGCCCACAACCCGACACACUGCAUGCCUGA